AUGCACUGCGAGGUGGCGGAGGCGCACUCAGACAAGAGGCCAAAGGAGGCCCUCGGCGCUCCGGGUCCAGGCCGCGGGCCCACUGGCCUCGGCGGCACCCACAUGGCCUUCAGGGUCACCGUGAGCGGCGGCGGCUGCGUGGAUGGGGGCCCGCGUGACCUGCUGCCCCGGCCGCCUGCGCCCCCUCCGUGCGCCCACGACCUCCUCCGGCCACGGAGCCCCAGAGACUACGGUCCGUCCAAGGCCACCGCCACCGCCGGGAAGGUGAACGGGAGCUACGGCCACUGCACCCCAGGCUCGGAGAAGAGCCUGCUGGACCUGGACCUUGUAGAGGGCCCCGGCCCCACCUGCCGCCAGGGCCUUUUCCUCCCUGCGGGCACUCCACCACCCCGGGGCCACCCCCCAGCCUGCGAGAGGCUCCUACAUUUCCCCCACCCUAGCAGGUCGCCCAGACCCCAGGCCGUGUACAUGAAUGGUGGCCUUCCGGCCGCACAGCACAUCAAGCAGGAGUCCCUGCCUGACUACCGGGCCAUGACGGAGGCCCGCAUGCCCCUGUCAGCUCACUGCCGGGCCCCGCCAGCCACUGGCCUGCACUCAGACCUGGACCUGCCCGGCCGGGGCCUCGCCAACCCCGCACCUUCCUGCUACCUUCUGGGCAGUGAACCGAGCCCUCCACUGGGCCCGCAGCCCGAGGCCCACCUCCCCGAGAGCGGCCUGAAGCGCUGCUGCCUCCUGGGCUUGCCCUCCACCUCUUCAGCCUCUCCCUCCCCCUGCGCUUCCUCCGAUGUCACCUCCAUCAUCCGCUCUUCCCAGACGGCCCUGGUCACCUGCGUAAAUGGACUCCGGAGCCCCCCCCUGCCAGGAGACCUCGGGGGGCCUCCCAAGCGAGCCCGGCUUGGCCCUGCAACCACGGAGAGCCACGAGGGCAGCUUGCAAUUUGAAGCCUGCCGGAAGGCAGGCUUCCUGAAGCAGGAGCCCACGGACGAGUUCUCAGAUCUCUUUGGGCCUCACCAGCAGGGCCUGCCGCCCCCCUACCCCGUGUCCCAGUUGCCGCCCGGCUCGGGCCUUGGAGGCCUGGGGCUGGGCCUGGUGGGUAGGGGUGUGGCCGGCCGGCAGGCAUGCCGCUGGGUGGAUUGCCGUGCAGCCUAUGAGCAGCAGGAGGAGCUGGUGCGGCACAUCGAGAAGAGCCACAUUGACCAGCGGAAGGGCGAGGACUUCACCUGCUUCUGGGCGGGCUGCGUGCGCCGCUACAAGCCCUUCAACGCCCGCUAUAAGCUGCUCAUCCACAUGAGGGUGCACUCGGGUGAGAAGCCCAACAAAUGCAUGUUUGAAGGCUGCAGCAAGGCCUUCUCACGGCUGGAGAACCUCAAGAUCCACCUGCGGAGCCACACAGGCGAGAAGCCAUACCUGUGCCAGCACCCAGGCUGCCAGAAGGCCUUCAGCAACUCCAGCGACCGUGCCAAGCACCAGCGCACCCACCUUGACACGAAGCCGUAUGCCUGCCAGAUCCCUGGCUGCUCCAAGCGCUACACGGACCCCAGCUCUCUCCGCAAGCACGUGAAGGCCCAUUCAGCUAAAGAGCAGCAGGUGCGUAAGAAGCUGCACACAGGCCCUGAUUCUGAGGCUGACGUCCUGACCGAGUGUCUGGCCCUGCCACAGCUCCAUGGGUCCACACAGCUGGCGGCCAGCGAGAGGAAGGGCGGCCGCGCCCCGGAGCUGCUCCCAGGCGUGUAUCCCGGCUCCAUCACCCCCCAUAACGGGCUCGCGUCAGGCAUCCUGCCCUCCAUGCACGAUGUCCCUUCCAGACACCACUCACUGGACGCCACCAGCGGUUCCCACCACCAUCUGUCCCCUCUACCCGCGGCUGAGAGCACCAGGGAUGGGUUGGGACCCGGCCUCCUCUCACCUAUGGUCAGCCCACUGAAGGGGCUCGGGCCACCACCACUGCCACCAUCCUCCCAGAGCCAUUCUCCAGGGGGCCAGCCCUUCCCCACACUCCCCAGCAAGCCACCCUACCCGCCCUUCCAGAGCCCUCCACCCCCACCUCUGCCCAGUCCACAAGGCUACGAGGCCCUGGCCGAAGCCCCAUGCCCCUCGGCACUGCCUCCACAGCCAUCCGAAGACAUUGUGUCCAGUGGCCCUGAGGACUGCGGCUUCUUCCCCAACGGGGCCUUUGACCACUGCCUGAGUCACAUCCCGUCCAUCUACACGGACACCUGAAGGAGGGCCCAGCCUGCACCUGUCCUCCCUCCAUCGCAGACACUGCCUUGCCCGCUCACCAUCUGUCCCCACCCUCCGUGCACCCAGCCCCGGGCCACCAGGCCGAAGCUCCCCACAGACUCAGGGUGCCGGGUCUGCGGCAGCCGCCCUGCGCUGGCCAGGGACAAUGUCCUGAGCCCGAGCUGGGUGCUCAGAAGUGCCCGUCAGGAUCCGUGGCCCGCGACAUUCCCCUGCCUUCCUUUUCCCUCCCCAAUGGUUUUGAAAUCACAGACCUCGUGUACAUAAAAUGUACAGAACUUGUUUUCCGUUCCCCUUCCAGUUUUAUAUUUUGGGUUUUACAAGAAAAACAUUAAAAACUGGAAACGAG